GAGACGGAGGUUUUUGUUGUGAGGGUCGGUUGUCAAGCAGCGACCAAUCAGGGCAGGGGAUGGAGGCAAGUGGGGGUCGCCUCUGGAGCAGAGCCUCGGAUUCCGGAGCCGCAGAUGCAGGUCCGACGAAACAGUGACUCCCAGAAAUCUAUCGGAACUGCAGACACGUGGUCUUCCCGCCCCACUGCGGCUGCUGCACUUCAGGCAGCCAGCCUCCUGGAACAGAGCCUCUUCCCGUCAUCCUGGCCUCUGGGAGGACCUUCUUUUUCCCUGUUCCAAGUCACCUUGCUUGAGGUGCUCCCUCUCUAGAUUCUCAAACCCAAUUUGCAGUGCAGCUCCUGGCUCUGGUGGCUUUGCCCAGUGUUGAGCUGAGAUGGCUCAAGCCUGACAUUCCAUGAUCCAGGAUCCUGAAAGGUGCACACAGGCUGCUGCUGUGGCUGCUGUGUAUGACUUAAAACCACAGGUCCGUCCAGAGCCAGGACACAAGGCAUUCCCUCUGCCUGGAUGUGCGGGAACUCCCUGCCAACUUGAUUGGUGGCUCUGGGGGGGAUCCACCCCCACCCCACGAGGAAAGCACAGUCUGGUUUGUGGGAGCUUCAGGUGCCAGCCAGCCGAAGGAUGGCCACCCCUGUAGUCACCAAAACAGCCUGGAAAUUGCAGGAGAUCGUCGCCCAUGCCAGCAAUGUGUCCUCGCUGGUGCUGGGAAAAGGUUCUGGGCGGCUGCUGGCAACAGGCGGGGAUGACUGCCGCGUCAACCUGUGGUCCAUCAACAAGCCCAACUGCAUCAUGAGCCUGACGGGUCACACGUCCCCAGUGGAGAGUGUCCGCCUCAACACCCCCGAGGAGCUCAUUGUGGCCGGCUCCCAGUCGGGCUCCAUCCGUGUCUGGGACCUGGAAGCUGCCAAAAUUCUUCGCACACUCAUGGGACACAAAGCCAACAUCUGCAGCCUCGAUUUCCACCCGUAUGGCGAGUUCGUAGCCUCGGGCUCCCAGGACACUAACAUCAAGCUCUGGGACAUCAGGAGGAAAGGCUGUGUCUUCCGAUACAGGGGGCACAGCCAGGCCGUGCGGUGUCUCCGGUUCAGCCCUGACGGGAAGUGGUUGGCGUCGGCGGCAGAUGACCACACGGUGAAGCUCUGGGAUCUGACUGCCGGCAAGAUGAUGUCCGAGUUCCCUGGCCACACAGGGCCUGUGAACGUGGUCGAGUUUCACCCUAAUGAGUACCUCCUGGCUUCUGGCAGCUCCGACAGGACCAUCCGUUUCUGGGAUCUGGAGAAAUUCCAGGUGGUGAGCUGCAUUGAAGGGGAACCAGGACCCGUCAGGAGUGUCCUCUUCAACCCUGAUGGCUGCUGCCUAUACAGUGGCUGCCAGGACUCGCUACGUGUCUAUGGCUGGGAGCCCGAGCGCUGCUUUGACGUGGUCCUAGUCAACUGGGGCAAGGUGGCCGACCUGGCCAUCUGCAACAACCAGCUGAUAGGUGUGGCCUUCUCCCAGAGCAACGUCUCCUCUUACGUGGUGGACCUGACUCGGGUCACCAGGACAGGCACGGUGGCCCAGGACCCCGUGCAGGACAGCCAGCCGCUGGCACAGCAGCCGCCCCUUCCCAGUGUCCCCCUCCGACGCAUCUACGAGCGGCCCGGCACAGCCUGCAGCAAGCCUCAGAGGGUAAAGCAGAACUCAGAGAGUGAGCGCCGCAGCCCCAGCAGCGAGGACGAGCGGGAGGAGCGGGAGUCUCGGGCGGAGAUCCAGAACGCCGAGGACUACAACGAGAUCUUCCAGCCAAAGAACAGCAUCAGUCGGACGCCACCCCGGAGAAGUGAGCCCUUCCCAGCACCCCCAGAGGAUGACACGGCCACAGCCAAGGAGGCAGCAAAGCCCAGCCCAGCCAUGGACACGCAGUUCCCGGUGCCAAACCUCGAGGUCCUGCCCUGGCCCCAGGUCGCCACUUCCACCCCUGCACCCAAGGCCGAGCCUGCCAUCAUCCCUGCCACCCGGAAUGAGCCCAUUGGGCUGAAGGCCUCCGACUUCCUGCCCGCUGUGAAGGUUUCCCAGCAGACGGAGCUGGUUGACGAGGAUGCCAUGUCACAGAUCCGCAAAGGCCAUGACACCAUGUGUGUGGUGCUCACCAGCCGCCACAAGAACCUGGACACCGUGCGGGCCGUGUGGACCACAGGCGACAUCAAGACGUCAGUGGACUCGGCCGUGGCCAUCAGUGACCUGUCAGUGGUGGUGGAUCUUCUUAACAUCGUCAACCAGAAAGCCUCCCUGUGGAAGCUGGACCUGUGCACCACGGUGCUGCCGCAGAUCGAGAAGCUGCUGCAGAGCAAGUAUGAAAGCUAUGUCCAGACAGGCUGCACCUCCCUGAAGCUGAUCCUGCAGCGGUUUCUGCCCCUGAUCACUGACAUCCUGGCAGCCCCGCCCUCCGUGGGUGUGGACAUCAGCCGGGAGGAGAGGCUGCACAAGUGCCGGCUCUGCUACAAGCAGCUCAAGAGCAUCAGUGGCCUUGUCAAGAGCAAGUCGGGCUUGAGCGGCCGCCACGGCAGUGCCUUCCGGGAGCUGCACCUUCUCAUGGCCAGUUUGGACUGAGGAAUCCAGUGGGCGGGGGGCACCUGGCAGCCAUCAGGGCCUGGCCUCAGCCCCUACACCUAUUCCCUGUGCUCCCACGGGCCGUGAGCCUCUGCCCUGCCCCCACUGCUGCCACCCUGGAGGCGGCGGCGCUGGCACACUGGCCACCUCCAUAGCCCUGAACUCUCAGACAGUGUCUCUCCGGCACCGGCUGCCCAGCUUUGCCAACUCUUGCUUCUUGGGGCAGCAAACCGAGCCCUGGGGCUGCUGCUGUAAUUUAUAAGGCAAAUUUUAUUAAAUUUGUAACUAUU